AUGAAUAAUGAUAGACCACAAAAUAUAGGUAUCCUAGCAAUGGAUAUCUAUUUUCCAGAAACAUAUGUUGCUCAAACUGAAUUAGAAUCAUUCGAUGGAGUGUCAGCUGGUAAAUAUACAAUUGGUUUAGGUCAAACUAAUAUGGCAUUUUGUGGUGAUCGUGAGGAUAUCGUAUCAAUGUCGAUGAAUUCAGUUCAGUCUCUAAUGAAAAAAUAUAAUAUUCCUUACUCUAUGAUUGGUAGAUUGGAGGUAGGCACUGAAACCAUCAUUGACAAAUCAAAGUCAAUUAAAACUCAUCUAAUGACACUAUUUCAAGAACAUGGAAAUACUUCAAUCGAAGGUGUUGAUACAUAUAAUGCAUGUUAUGGCGGUACCAAUGCAUUGUUCAACAGUGUUCAAUGGAUUGAGAGUAGCUAUUGGGAUGGUAGAUUUGCAAUGGUUGUCACAGGAGAUAUCGCUGUCUACGCAAAGGGACCGGCCAGACCAACGGGUGGUGCCGGUGUGGUGGCAAUGUUGAUCGGUCCAAAUGCACCGCUCGUAAUGGAGCCGGGCAUUCGUGGUGUUCACAUGGAGAAUGUAUAUGAUUUCUACAAGCCCGACGGUAAGAGCGAGUAUCCGUACGUCGACGGUAAGCUCUCUAUCGAUUGCUACUUGCGUGCUCUCGAUCGAUGCUAUGCCAACUACAAAGCGGCAUUCGAGCGUUUGAAUCAAGACCAGAACUUCUCAAUGGAUUUAGUUGACUAUUGUGUGAUGCACUCGCCAUAUGGUCGUCUCGUUCAAAAGUCGUUUGGACGUCUCUUCUACAACGACUACAUUCUGAGUGGGGGAAACUCCGAUGAAUCCAGUCAUAAAUAUAAAGAUCAUUUCCAAGAGUUCAACCAGAUCGGACUUGGCAAGGAAUCGUAUGGAAAUGCCAAGCUCGACCAGGUUGGUCUUAAAGUUACCGAUGAACACUAUAAAAACAAAGUGAUUCCAUCGAUGACUCUUUCCAAAGAACUAGGAAAUUGUUAUGCUGGAUCUGUCUAUGGUGGAAUCUUAUCUUUAUUAUCAAAUGUUAAUAGUUUGGUUGGUAAGAGAGUAUUGGUAUUUUCAUAUGGAUCUGGUCUGGCAGCAACCUUUUUCUCAUUUAAAGGUGUUUCAACAAAUAAUCCAAUGUUCCCAUCGACUGAAAACAUUGGAAAACAAUCAAAUAUUAAUCAACGUUUAACAAACAGAAUCAAAAUUUCACCUCCAGAGUUUACUACGCUUUUAUCAUAUAGAGAAGAGAAUUGUUCAAAACUAUCAUACACACCAAUGGAUUCAACAUUGAAUAUUGCUAUUGGAAAUUAUUAUUUAGAGAGAGUAGAUGACAAACUUAUUCGACACUACAAGAUUAAAGAUGAUACUAUUAAAUCAUCAUUAUAUGAAUAA